ACAACAUAUACGACAAUUGGUUAUGGUAAUAUAACAGCAAAAAGCCGAUUGGGUCAACUGGCUGCAAUGCUUUAUGCGGUGAUUGGCAUACCAUUAGUGCUGAUGAUAUUGCAUAAACUUGGUCGACAGUUUUUGAUCGCAUUAGAAUAUUUUUGGAAUUGGAUGGUGAGGUCAGUGGGAGGCGAUUUUGCAAGUUAUUUUCCGAUAAUUUUCAAUUAUUUUUCUUGUUGUAAAGCUCUUAUGAGACAAUACUAA